AUGCUGAGUGCGCUUCAAGAGGACUUGCAGAAGAAGGUUACUGCACUGGAGACAGAGUUGAAGGGGAUGCACGAGACCAGCUCGGCUGAACUGACUGCUGCACACGAGACCAUCGCUAGCGAACUCGCAGAGGCGGAAGGCUGCGUGAUGGUGCUAGUCGACGAGCGUGAUGCUGCGAAGAAGACGCGGAGUAAGAGAGAUCUGACGCUGGAGGUUCUGAGCUCGGAGCAUGGCGAGCUGCAGCUCAAGAGUAAAUCGGUGAAUACUGAACUGGAGGCGCUUCGCAAUAAAAGCGCAGCGGAUGCUCAAGCUGCAGAGGAGAAAGUGCAGGCGUUGAAACAGGAUGUUACACGUGUAUCGGAGAUGUUCGAAGCCAACAGGAGUUAUCGAACUCCGAGUCACGAUUGA